UUCCUCAGGCUCAGGGAAUGGUUUUGUUCCCUUGGAUGAAUGCUGGAUAUGUAGGGUUUCGUCAGGCUCUGUGUGUCCUGACAUGCUUAGACUUUCAGUGUUACAAAAAUGGAGACGAACGCUGUCAUUUGGAUUGCUGCUCUGCACUACAAGUGCGAGGGGGGUUUUGAGCUUGCCAGUAGUGACACUUUUCGCUCCAGCUUGGUUUCCCCCCCUCCUCCUCUUUUUACUUCAAUGCUGUAGAGGGUGACUUGCCAUCCAUAAGAAAUUGGUACAUGAUGUGUAAAUUCAGUUCAGCUUAUGUUUCUUCAUUAUGAAACCACUUGCAAUCCCAGCUAACCAUGGAGUUAUGGGACAGCAGGAGAAGCACUCACUCCCUGCAGAUUUCACAAAGCUGCACCUUACUGACAGUCUCCACCCACAGGUGACCCACGUUUCGUCCAGUCACUCGGGAUGUAGCAUCACGAGUGACUCGGGGAGCAGCAGCCUUUCUGAUAUCUACCAGGCUACAGAAAGUGAGGCUGGUGAUAUGGAUCUCAGUGGGUUGCCAGAGACAGCAGUGGAUUCUGAGGAUGAUGAUGAUGAAGAAGACAUUGAAAGGGCAUCAGAUCCUUUGAUGAGUAGGGAUAUUGUUAGAGACUGCUUGGAGAAAGACCCAAUAGACAGGACAGAUGAUGACAUUGAACAACUACUGGAAUUCAUGCAUCAGUUGCCUGCUUUUGCCAACAUGACAAUGUCAGUGAGGAGAGAGCUCUGUGCUGUGAUGGUGUUUGCGGUUGUGGAGAGAGCAGGAACCAUUGUGCUAAACGAUGGGGAAGAGCUGGACUCCUGGUCAGUCAUUUUGAAUGGCUCUGUGGAGGUGACGUACCCUGAUGGAAGAACAGAGAUACUCUGCAUGGGGAACAGUUUUGGUGUUUCCCCUACCAUGGAAAAGGAAUAUAUGAAAGGAGUGAUGAGAACCAAAGUGGAUGACUGCCAGUUUGUUUGUAUAGCCCAGCAAGAUUAUUGCCGCAUCCUCAAUCAAGUGGAAAAGAACAUGCAGAAGGUGGAAGAGGAAGGGGAGAUUGUGAUGGUGAAGGAGCACAGGGAGCUUGAUCGCACUGGAACAAGAAAAGGUCACAUUGUCAUCAAGGGAACAGCUGAAAGGUUAACAAUGCAUUUGGUGGAGGAGCAUUCUGUGGUAGACCCAACAUUUAUAGAAGACUUCCUGUUGACAUAUCGAACCUUUCUUUCCAGCCCAAUGGAAGUGGGCAAGAAGUUGUUGGAGUGGUUCAAUGACCCCAGCCUCAGGGAUAAGGUUACACGGGUAGUAUUGUUGUGGGUGAACAAUCACUUCAAUGAUUUUGAAGGCGAUCCUGCUAUGACUCGAUUUCUGGAAGAAUUUGAGAACAAUUUGGAGAGGGAGAAAAUGGGUGGUCAUUUGAGGCUGUUAAAUAUUGCUUGUGCUGCUAAAGCUAAACGAAGAUUGAUAACCUUAACAAAGCCAUCUCGAGAAGCCCCUUUGCCUUUUAUCUUGCUGGGAGGGUCAGAAAAAGGAUUUGGAAUCUUUGUUGACAGUGUAGAUUUUGGUAGCAAAGCUACAGAAGCAGGCUUGAAGCGUGGAGACCAGAUACUGGAAGUGAAUGGUCAAAACUUUGAAAACAUUCAGCUGUCAAAAGCCAUGGAAAUCCUUAGAAAUAACACUCAUCUGUCUAUCACUGUGAAAACGAAUUUAUUUGUUUUUAAAGAACUCUUAACGCGAUUGUCAGAGGAAAAAAGAAAUGGUGCUCCUCACCUACCUAAAAUUGGUGAUAUUAAAAAAGCGAGUCGUUAUUCCAUCCCAGACCUUGCUGUUGACGUGGAGCAGGUAAUAGGAUUAGAAAAAGUAAAUAAGAAAAGUAAAGCCAACACAGUUGGGGGAAGAAAUAAAUUAAAGAAGAUCCUUGACAAGACUCGAAUCAGUAUUCUGCCUCAGAAACCAUACAACGACAUUGGAAUUGGCCAGUCUCAGGAUGACAGCAUUGUGGGACUGAGGCAAACGAAGCACAUUCCUCCUGCUUUACCAGUCAGUGGGACCCUGUCAUCCAGUAAUCCCGAUCUACUGCAGUCCCAUCACCGCAUCUUAGACUUCAAUACUACUCCGGACUUACCAGAUCAAGUUCUGAGGGUUUUCAAGGCAGAUCAGCAAAGUCGCUACAUCAUGAUCAGUAAGGACACAACAGCAAAAGAAGUGGUCAUCCAGGCUAUCAGGGAAUUUGCUCUCACCGCAACCCCCGAUGCGUAUUCGCUAUGCGAAGUCUCUGUCACGCCUGAGGGUGUAAUCAAGCAAAGGAGGCUUCCUGAUCAGUUAUCCAAGCUUGCUGACAGGAUACAGCUGAGUGGCAGAUAUUACCUGAAGAACAACAUGGAAACAGAAACUCUUUGUUCAGAUGAAGAUGCUCAAGAGUUACUAAGGGAAAGUCAAAUUUCCCUACUACAGCUCAGUACUGUUGAGGUGGCUACCCAGCUCUCCAUGAGAAACUUUGAGCUAUUCCGUAAUAUUGAACCCACAGAAUACAUAGAUGACUUGUUUAAACUCAAAUCAAAAACAGGUUGCACUAAUCUAAAAAAGUUUGAAGAGGUGAUAAAUCAAGAAACGUUCUGGGUGGCUUCUGAGAUUCUGAGAGAAACCAACCAGCUGAAAAGGAUGAAGAUCAUAAAGCAUUUCAUUAAGAUAGCACUACACUGCAGAGAAUGCAAGAACUUCAACUCGAUGUUUGCCAUCAUUAGUGGCCUGAAUUUGGCACCAGUAGCAAGGCUCCGAACUACUUGGGAAAAGCUUCCAAGCAAGUAUGAGAAACUUUUUCAAGAUCUACAGGAUUUGUUUGAUCCAUCUAGGAAUAUGGCAAAAUAUCGUAAUGUCCUGAACAGCCAGAACCUACAGCCCCCCAUUAUCCCACUGUUUCCUGUUAUCAAAAAAGACCUCACAUUCCUUCAUGAAGGAAAUGAUUCGAAAGUGGAGGGCUUGGUCAAUUUUGAGAAGCUGAGAAUGAUUGCGAAGGAGAUACGCCAUGUUGGUCGCAUGGCCUCUGUGAACAUGGAUCCUGCGUUAAUGUUUCGAACGAGGAAGAAGAAAUGGAGGAGUUUGGGGUCUCUCAGCCAGGGCAGUGCCAAUGCAGCCGUGCUGGACGUCGCGCAAACGGGGGGUCAUAAAAAGCGGGUCCGUCGCAGCUCCUUCCUUAAUGCAAAAAAGCUGUAUGAAGAUGCUCAGAUGGCACGGAAAGUCAAGCAGUAUCUCUCAAACUUGGAUCUGGAAAUGGAUGAAGAGAGUCUCCAGACGCUGUCUCUGCAGUGCGAGCCAGCCACCAACACACUGCCAAAGAAUACAGGAGACAAGCGAUCUGGAAAAUCUGAAACGUCACCGGUGGCUCCCCGGGCAGGCAUCCAGCAGAAAGUGCAGCAGCAGCAGCAGCAACAUAAAGUAAACCAAGCACUGCAAGUCCCUGCCGUAUCUCUUUAUCCCUCUCGCAAGAAAGUGCCAGUCAAAGACCUCCCACCGUUCGGCAUUAACUCCCCGCAAGCUUUAAAGAAAAUUCUUUCAUUAUCUGAAGAAGGAAGUUUGGACCGUCACAAGAAACAGUCUGAAGACACAAUAUCAAGUGCAUCUUCACAGCUGUCUUCUCCUCCCACUUCACCACAGAGCUCUCCAAGGAAAGGCUACACUUUGGCUCCCAGCGGCACGGUGGAUAACUUCUCAGAUUCUGGCCACAGCGAAAUUUCUUCCAGAUCUAGUAUUGUCAGCAAUUCCUCUUUUGACUCAAUGCCAGUCUCCCUGCAUGACGAGAGGAGACAGAGGCAUUCUGUCAGCAUCGUGGAGACAAAUCUUGGUGUGGGAAGGAUUGAUAGAAGAAUCAUGAUUGAACCGGAUCAAUACAGUUUAGGCUCAUAUGCACCACUGUCAGAGACCAGAGGCCUGUAUGCUGGAGCAACUGUGCUUUCUUCUCCUAGUACAGAAGAAUUGUCACAGGAUCAGGGGGACAGAGCUUCGCUCGACGCAGCUGACAGUGGCCGCGGUAGCUGGACUUCUUGUUCGAGUGGUUCUCAUGACAACAUACAAACGAUACAGCACCAGAGAAGCUGGGAGACGCUGCCUUUCGGACAUGCUCAUUUCGAUAGUUCGGGCGAUGGGGCAGGACUGUGGGCCUCGGGCAGUCAUAUGGACCAGCUGAUGUUCCCCGACCAUGGCACAAAGUAUGGCAGGCAAAGUCAAGGCAGGGAGGGCCUUGACCAAGCACAGUCCAGAGCAAGCUGGGCAUCCUCAACAGGAUACUGGGGAGAGGACUCGGAAGGUGAUACAGGUACCAUAAAGCGUAGGGGUGGGAAGGAUGUUUCCAUUGAAGCUGAAACCAGUAGCAUAACAUCUGUACCAGCAGAGGAGUCAAAGCCACCUCCCAUACCCACUCAUAUAGCAACACCAUCAAGUAGUACAAAGGGGCUUAUUGCACGAAAAGAGGGGCGGUAUCGGGAGCCACCUCCAACUCCUCCUGGUUAUGUAGGAAUACCUAUUGCUGAGUUUGCAGAAGGUGGUUCCCAUCCAACCAGAAAGCCUCCAGAUUACAACAUAGCACUUCAGAGGUCCAGAAUGGUGGCACGGACGUGUGAGACUCAUGGGACAUCAACCCCGCAGCAGCAGUCGCAUGGCCCUUCAGCUGGCAGGCUUGUGAACAAACCUCAGUGGCAUAAACCAAAUGAGUCAGAUCCACGUCUUGCUCACUAUCCGUCUCAAGGGUUUUCCACAGAAGAAGAUGAAGAUGAACAAGUCUCUGCUGUCUAAGACUUGGGCUUUUCUGGAUCCAGAGUGAGCCACCUUAAAGGAGAGCACAAGAAGACGUCCCUAGAAUAGGAGCCUUGGAACUAUAGUUAAAGGAUGGUGGACCUGUUUGCCUCCUUCCCUGCCUUAAAGCAGCAUGGGGCUUCUUCCUCCGCCCCUCCCCCUUCUGUCCCCUCUCCCCUUGCAUGUGAAAUACUGUGAAGAAAUCGCCCUGGCACUUUUCAAACUGUGUUGCUUGAAAUGCACAGUGCAGCAAUCUCCAAGCUACCACUGUCGCUGUCUGCCACAUCACACAGUAUCAUUCCAAAUUCCAAGAUCAUCACAUCAGGAUAAUUAACUCUGGCUGCACUUCCCAAUGCCUGGAAGGGUUUUUAUAAAUCUUCCUCUCAGAUUUUAAUCGCAAUCCUAGCACUUAGUCUCAUUGGGAUAAUGAGAUAAGGUAGUUGUCAAAUUACAUUUGGCCUUUAACCUACAAAGAGAAAAAUGCAUUGAAAUCCUUCAAGGAGGCAGUGCUUAUUUGCUUGUUUACAAUGCCUCUGUUACGAUUUUGUAUGUUUGCGUUCCGGAGAUCAAAUACUGCGUCUGCAUAGUGGUUACAGUAUUAUUUCAUACCCGUAAGGAGGGUUGCCAGCCUGAGCUCCUGGAAAGAAUAUUGCUGUCGCGUGGCUGAGCAGGGGGGAGAGGGAAGGCAGAGGUUACAGGAUGCAGCCUUUCCUUCACCAUCUCGCUUCACUCUUAACGUGCCCCACCCUGGAAUCUUCAACAGUUUGUAAA